CUUUACAGUGCAAAUCUCUUGCUGCCAAUAAAUCAGUUGUUAGCAGGAUGAGUGUUACUCCGAGUGGUAUUUGAAUGCUUGCAUCAGCAUGGAGCUGGUGUCUGUUCACUUUGCCAACCCAAAUUCCAGUCCAGGUCUUCACGUAAUGCAAAUCAGAUUAUUGAAAUCCAGGAUAUGCUGAUCUGGAACAGCCUAUCAAGAGGUACUCAGGGAUCUAAUCUUAACAGAGAAUUUAGUUUAAAAUAGUAGUAUUGCUCCUUUCCCGUAAUGCCUCAUUCCCAUUUUCCUCUCGAAUUAACAGUCAAGCUGAACAGAUUCUUACCUAGAUCUAACAAUACAAUGUCAAUGGGAAGGUUACGAACGAAGAAAAAGGCAUGUUCUUCAGAUCAGUCUCCAGACAACCUUCCUGUGAGGAGUUCUGGAAGACAGGUGAAGAAGAAAGCAGCUGAAGCAGCAGAUGAUGAUGAUGAAGCGUCAGAGAAGAAAUAUAGAAAGUGUGAAAAAGCUGGAUGCACCGCAACAUGUCCCGUUUGCUUUGCCAGUGCAGCAGAAAGGUGUGCAAAAAAUGGGUAUACGUCUAGAUGGUAUCAUCUGUCCUGUGGGGAACACUUCUGCAAUGAAUGUUUUGACCACUAUUACCGAAGCCAUAAAGAUGGUUAUGAGAAAUACACUGCCUGGAAAAGGAUUUGGACAAGCAAUGGUAAAAGUGAGCCCAGUCCAAAAGCCUUUAUGGCUGAUCAACAGCUUCCUUACUGGGUGCAGUGCACAAAACCAGAAUGUGGUAAGUGGCGUCAGCUGACAAAGGAAAUCCAGCUGACACCACAAAUAGCAAAAACCUACAGAUGUGGUAUGAAACUGAACAAUUCCACCAAGACUGAGGGCUCAGACCAAUGUUCCAUGCCUGAGGACUUGAGAGUGGCUGAAGUUUCAGACCAUUGGUGGUACUCCAUGCUCAUACUCCCUCCUUUGCUGAAAGACAGUGUGGCAGCUCCCUUUCUAGCUGCAUAUUAUCCAGACUGCGUGGGCAUGAGUCCAUCCUGUACCAGCACUAAUCGGUUACCUGGUGAAUCCAACCUUGUGAAGUUAGAGCACCUAAAGAGCGUGCCUAAUGUGACUGUUGCAGGCAUGAACAAGUAUUUCCAGCCUUUUUAUCAGCCCAAUGAAUGUGGGAAAGCACUUUGUGUGAGGCCAGAUGUCAUGGAACUGGAUGAGCUCUAUGAGUUCCCAGAAUAUUCACGAGACCCUACCAUGUACCUGGCAUUGAGAAACUUGAUUUUGGCUUUGUGGUACACAAACUGCAAGGAGGCUCUUACCCCUCAAAAAUGUAUCCAUCACAUAAUUGUUCGGGGGCUUGUGCGGAUCCGCUGUGUACAGGAAAUGGAGAGGAUCCUGUAUUUUAUGACAAGGAAAGGGCUAAUUAAUACAGGGAUUUUGUCAGUCAGUCCUGACCAGUACCUUCUUCCUAAGGAAUACCACAAUAAAUCUGUCAUUAUUGUUGGGGCUGGUGCAGCAGGAUUAGCAGCCGCCCGACAACUGCACAACUUUGGAAUUAAGGUCAUCGUCUUAGAAGCUAAAGACAGAAUUGGUGGCCGAGUGUGGGACGACAAGACGUUCACAGGAGUCACUGUUGGAAGAGGUGCACAAAUCGUCAAUGGAUGUGUCAACAACCCAGUGGCACUAAUGUGUGAGCAACUUGGCAUUAAAAUGCACAAACUAGGGGAGAAAUGUGACUUGAUCCAGGAAGGUGGAAGGAUAACAGAUCCCACUAUUGAUAAACGUAUGGACUUUCAUUUCAAUGCCAUCCUAGAUGUCGUCUCUGAGUGGAGAAAAGAUAAAACCCAGCAUCAAGAUGUUCCUCUUGGUGAAAAAAUACAAGAGAUCUAUAAAGCCUUUAUCCAGGAGUCUGGUAUCCAGUUCAGUGAGCUGGAAGAAAAAGUACUACAGUUCCAUCUCAGUAAUUUGGAAUAUGCCUGCGGCAGCAAUCUCUCUCAGGUAUCCGCACGCUCAUGGGACCACAAUGAAUUUUUUGCCCAGUUUGCUGGAGAUCACACUCUUCUAACUGUGGGAUAUUCAACUGUGAUUGAUAAGUUGGCAGAAGGGCUGGACAUCCGGCUGAAUUUCCCAGUUCAGAGUAUUGACUAUUCUGGUGAAGAAGUGCAGAUCACUACUGCAGAUGGAACAGUGUGGACAACACAAAAGGUAUUAGUGACUGUACCACUGGCCCUUCUUCAGAAAAAUGCCAUUCAAUUUAAUCCUCCACUGUCAGAAAAAAAAAUUAAAGCCAUUAAUAGUUUGGGAGCGGGAGUCAUUGAGAAAAUCGCCUUGCAGUUUCCAUAUAGAUUUUGGGACAGUAAAAUUCAAGGAGCUGAUUUUUUUGGUCAUGUUCCACCCAAUUCCAGCCAACGUGGGCUGUUUAGUGUCUUCUAUGACAUGGAUCCAGAGGGCAAAGAAAGCAUUUUAAUGUCAGUGGUCACCGGAGAUGCUGUGGCAACCAUUAAGAAUUUAGAUGAUCAACAAGUACUGCAACAGUGUAUGACUGUACUCCGAGAGCUGUUUAAGGAGCAGGAGGUUCCUGACCCCGUGAAGUUUUUUGUUACUCGAUGGAGCAAUGACCCUUGGCUGCAGAUGGCAUACAGCUUUGUGAAAACCGGGGGCAGCGGUGAAGCUUAUGACAUGAUAGCUGAAGACAUACAAGGAAAAGUUUUUUUUGCUGGUGAGGCCACAAACAGGCACUUUCCUCAGACCGUUACAGGAGCUUACUUGAGUGGGGUUCGAGAAGCCAGCAAAAUAGCAGCAUUUUGAGUACUGAAAUUUUGUGUUUAUAGAUAUAUUUUUAAUUGAUUUCUGUGGGUAAAACUAUCUUCAAGUUUCCUAUUGCUGCCUUUUUCCUACGUGGUACUUGAAUAGUAUAUGGUACCUGAAGAUAAAGUCUUCAUCUUCCUUUUCCUCUUCCUCCCCCACCCCAUUUUUAGGCCCUGAUGAUACAUAUUGUUGGGGGCUUUUUUCCAGUUAAGGUAUUACUAGCAGGAGUGACAUUGGAAUCGUCAGCCACAGCUUAACUAAGAGAACUUUUAUCAAGAGUCCUCUUCUGUUUGGCUCAAGUCAUGCUAUUGUGAACCUUCAUUUCAGAAGGUCACACUAAAACAAGACUAAGUUAAUAUACAGCAUUAAAAAUGCUGGCAGUUAGUAAUGAUAUGGGAAUUUUCCACUAACUGUGCUUCUCAGGUUGAUUAUGCUCAUAGGAGUUCAAACUGGCUUCCAAGAGCCUGAAUAGCCUAGAAAAAAUCUAGGAUUACUGUAGGAAGGAACUCAACUAUCACUUUUCCCACUUGCAAUCAGUAACCUUUUCUAUAAUAUUUUUUCAUAUUCUUAGUAUCCACUAAGCAGGCUUUGGGAUAUGAAGUUUGUUCCCUUAAAUAAGAGAGCUGGAACAGUUUACAGUGCAAUCAUAGAAAGGUUAUUGUAGCUGAUCAAAACUUGAAAAAAUAAUUUCUAGCUUACUUUAAAAAACUUUGAAACAUCUCUGCUACUUAUUCAGAGAAAUUCUUGUAACAAUAGUAGGCUAAGAGUUUAGAUUUGCUCAUUGCUUCUGUAGAAACAGGACAGCUUAAAAAUACCAUAUUGCUAUGAUUAUUUUGAAAAGAAACUUCCAGAUUCAUUUGGGCUGAAUAGAGGAAGUUUCUGCUGAUUUGACUGUACAAUGUGGGAUGCAGGACUCUAAGUUCCUAAUAGCUCAUUGAAGUUUUAUAUUAAAAAAUAAGUGAAGAUGAAUGAGGAAAAAUAUUAACAUUCUUAUGAAGGGCUGAAACAAGGUGGCUUGCACUUUGACUUGAAGUUUAUUUUUUUUUCUUUUAUUAUGAAAGUAUUAUUAAAAACAACUUGAGAGAGUAAUUCAGUAAAAGCUAGAUAGAUAUCUUGUAGCUUUUUCAGGGGACAGAGAGAAAAAUAUUUUUCAACAGAAAUAAGAGAGAGGUAACUGGGAUACCUAUUGUAAUACUGCUCCACUGUAUUGGUAUUAAUGAAAAAAAAUUAAAAUCCACUUUUAGAUCUCUUCCCCCACACCUUCUCUGUAACUUGGCUGCAUAGAUAUCAUGAUUUCUGAAAUGAACAUAAGUGCUUACUCUAUCCUGCCCCAUUCUCAUGCAUUUUCUCUUUAAUUAAUCCCUUCAUCUAAGAAUGAUACAAUGCUUAUUUCCUUAAAGCUGCAUCCUUGGAAAUAAACAACAGGCAACCUUAAGAAAAAUCAUAGGAUGUUAAGGGGUUGGAAUGGACCUUAACAAUCAUCUAGUCCCAAUGCCCCCUGCCAUGGGCAGGAAGACCUCACACUAGACCAGGUUGCUCAAGGCCUUGUUCAACCUGGCUUUGAACACCAGCAGCGUCCUACUGAAUAAAUGCAAUUCUUCUUUUCAAACAUGUAGUAUUUUGUUUUUAGAGUAGGUAUGAUAUUGUUAAAACCCUUUAUUUAAUCUCUAAUUCACAAGGUGAAGAUGUUUAUAUAACUAGAUUUUUUCAGAUAUAUAUUCUGUUCUGCUUUUUAAAACUGAGUUAUAUGGACUAAUAGGAAGAGUGUAACUGUUCAUAAUUGUCCUCUACAUAAAUACUGGUAUGUACAGUUUUAAAGUAUUUCCAAUUAUUAAAUUGCAAUUUGAAGGCUGCAAGAAGCAAGACAAAGCCUUCUGAUAACAAACAAUCAGGACAUCAAAUUUUGCUUUUGGCAGUCAUUUGCACUUUGUUAAUUUCAUGUAUUACAGGCUAAUUAAUGGCAUAACUAGCAGAGAUUGAGAGCUAUGUAUGUUUGUUUGAGUUCCAAGUUUCUUUCCCACUUUAUCAUGUAUGACAAAUUAUUAGGAGAGGAGCUUCUCAUGGUGGUAAAAAAAGCUAAUUACUACAAGCCCAAAACCUUAUAUUCAACGGCUGCUUCAGCUAACCUUGCUUAAAAACUUCAGUCAGCUUAGUAACAGAUAAAAAUACAUCACAUUUCAGGUAGGAAUGGUCUGGAAAGUUUAGCUCAGCAUCCAUUUCUCCAGUCCAAAGUUUGUAUGAACAUGCUUGAUGUCAUUCUGUUAAUUUGUACUUGGGGUUUUCAAUUUGGCUACAUCUUUGCAGCAAGAUAAACGCUGUAUACGAGAGACGAGAGAUGGACGUGAAGAAAUACUGUCACAUUUGGCUUUAGAUGAUGCACACUUACAGCAUUAGAAAAACUGAUAACAAAUGUUAAAUUUACCAAUGGCCUAGUCUAAUUAUUUGUAUAUUGUUUUGGUGCCAGGGCACUUAAAACUGUUUUGUGCUGCACUGAAGUUUGAGGAGUAAAUAAGUAUGAUCCAUUUUAAUUUACAUUCAUUUGAAAUAUCUAAGAACAUCAGGCUGGUUCUGAGACUUCACUCUUUUGUGUUGCCCAAAAAAUUUUUAAUAUCUAUGUUUAAAUUUAUUUCAAGCAUGUAUGUAUUUUUUCUUUUGUGUUUAAUUUAUUCCCUCAAAUAAAGAACUGGGGAAAGUUUUCUUUGAGUAGGUUUGUUUAAAUAUUAUUAAAAAGAUUUGAAUGCAGAGCAUGACCUGUUACACUUCAGUUCUUCUGUGUGACUAUAUUAUGGCAGCAGAAUAAAACUGGAAAGUAUCCACAGGA